AUGUCAUCGCGAGCGGUUGUCAAGACGGUGGUGGCGAUUUUGACGUUACUAUGCGUCAAGAAUUGGCCAUUAGCGUUCCACAUUCGGUUCUUGCGACGGCUCGCCUUGAAUUUCUAUUUGCGGCCCCGAAAGGUGCGGGACGUGUUUAUGACAAGCGAUUACUGGCAGUAUACCCCGCUGAUGGAGAUGGAUUUCAACUUCCACAAGUCCAAUUCGACCUAUUUCAGUGACUUUGACCUUGCGCGUGCCGAGUUACUGACCACGCUGUUCCGCAAGUUCUAUUUGGAGUUCAAGGACCCCGAGAUCGAGCUGGGCCGAGGCGAGUGGGUUUAUACAGCUCUUGGUUCGGUGAAUAUGGUGUUCCGCCGUGAAAUUAGUAUCUACACCUGGUACAAUGUCAAAACGCGUGUUCUUGGAUGGAACGAUAAAUGGAUUUUUGUCAUUGGUCAAUUCGAACGCAACGGUAAAGUGCAUGCGUUCGGACUUGCCAAGUACGUUUUCAAGGUGCGCCGCAAGACCAUUCCUCCUGCCGAGGUCAUUGCUUUUGAGGGACUGCUCAGCGACGAAGCAGUCCGCCGCAACAACGAGGUGCAAAAGUAUCUCGACGACUCUUUGGAAUUAGAACAGCUAGAGGCCAUUUUUUAG